CUACUUUGUUAGGUACACUAAAGACCUAUCAGCGAGCUGCUUGCGAUGAAGAAACGAUGUCAUUGCGAUGUCCCCCGGGCACUUCCAUCUCAGUCGUUCAUGCAAGAUAUGGGAGAAUUGCUGAAGCAGCCGCUGGUAAAUGUAACAAUCCGGAAUUACCCGCCUCGGUUGCACCGACUAACGAGACGUGUUUACUCUCUCAUGCCCUACAGUAUUCGCUGUUGCAGACGGUUGUGGAAAUAUGCCAGAAGAACCGAAACUGCAAGUUUAAUACAAGCCCAAAGAGUUUCCAGAAUGAUCCUUGUCCAGGGUUAGCCAAGUACAUCGAAGUCGCCUACAAGUGUCGUCCCUAUGAAUUCAGGAGCAAAGUUGCCUGCGAAAGUGAUGCUGUCAAUCUCUUGUGCUACCCUGGAAAACGUGUAGCUAUUCUGAGUGCCUCCUUUGGACGAACUGAAUAUGAAUCGCUGCAGUGCCCUCAACCGCAUGGAGUCAAAGAAGAAACUUGUACUGCUCCAUAUGCAACUGAAACAGUAAUGCAACUGUGCCACGGUAAGCGGAGAUGUUCCGUAACUGCCAAUAGUUCCACUUUCGGAGACACCUGCAAACCCGACACGAGAACUUACUUGAAGAUUAUAUACACAUGCGUUCCAAGAGGCGUUUUGAGAGAACAAUUCGCUGGUGAUGUUGAAGCAGAUGAGAUGGAUCUUGCUCCGGAGUUCGAUGAGGGUUUCGACCGUACGGACUUUAAGACUGAGUUUAGUCCAAGUCCAAAUCUUGGGGGACCGCAGCCUCAACCACGAGAUAACGGCACAAUGAAAUCACCCACCGUAAGCUCCUCACCACCCCGCGCCAGAACCAAUAACGACAUGGCUGUACGGGACAGGGUAAAAUUCGUGGGUAAAGAGGGCAAGACCCAAAGGCGAAUGCACCCAUCUACCAAUGAUAUAGAAGAAACAAUGAACUCAAGGUCAACCGAUGAUUUAUCGACAUCCAAUUGUACGACAGUGGUUUACGCUAAUGACGACGAGGAUCAAGUGAUCAUUGGAUACCUCAGUGAAUGGAUCAAUGCUUAUUCAUUCAUUACAAAAAAUCAGGAGAAAUUCUAUCUCUACAUAAUAAUUUCGGUGGCAGCUGGUGGUCUUCUAUUUUUGGGUCUUAUUAUCGGACGUUUACUUGUCAGUCGUCAUCGGAGAAAAAAGGACGCCAAUUUCCACACGAAUAGCGAAACAUUGCCCAAUGGUUUUGCUGAUGAAAUCUCGGAAAUCGACGCAGACAUUGAUCUCACCACUCCUGUACCCAUUCCCAUGCAGGACCCGGGCACCCCUGAAACGCAAUUAGCGGAGCGACUCCACAGUGAGCGUUUCUAUUCGGAUAAUAGAAUGCCGAUGGGACAAGUACAUCAAAUACAACCGCACACAGGGCUCCGGGUAGAUUUGGGAAAUCACAUGAUCGGGGCUGACAGUUUACACACGAUACUGCGUACUGAGACACCGAGGAGUAUGUCGCACAAGAAUUAUUAUUACGGCUGACACGAAGAUCGGGACGUUUCGUGCAGUGGACGUCCCACACCUCUAAGUCCAGUACCUGAAGUCAGUACAAGAAAGUACUGCUUCUAAAUUCAAAUCAUAAUAUUUUUUUUUCAUUUUUAAAACUAUAAAUUCGAUAGGCGAUGGAUGCUGUAAAUAAUGGAAGAAUUGGGGAUGCUCCAGAGGUACCAAAAAUCGAAGGUAAUUACUGAAAUUUACAACGAUUCAUUAAUUAACAAUUCGCAGCCAAUUUUAUUGUAUUUUUUAUUCUUUUGAUUUAUAUUUUUUUCUUAAUUUCGUUCGGUUUCAAGAGUAAUUGUAAGCUAGUUGAAUAAUCAAUGACUAUUUCAUUGUUAAUGAUAUUAACAAUCGGAAAUUAGUAGUGGAGUAGGAGAUUCUCUCGUGAGAAUAAAUUUUUAGAAAGUAUUUCUUAAUCUAAUCUUCUUUGAAUUCAGGGAUGUCUACACUGUUGGAAAUUUUUUUUUUAUUUCAUGAAAAACAUUAUUAUUCAUUAUAAUUAUUGAUUGUUGAUUAUUAUUACGAGUGUCAACGAAAAAUUUUUAACAGUGUACGUUAAACUGAUUAUUCAGUGAAUUCACUGCCUCAAACUCGAAAUUCCCAGUUCACUGAUCUCUUUAGAUAAAUCCUUGGAGCAUCGAUUACUCAUCAGGGUAGUUAAUUUCUGUAUUAUUCCGUGCAUAAUUUAUACCGCUCACACUUGUAAAAAUUGUAUCUCCUCAACUGAAUUAAUUAUAGACUAUUCAGUAAAAAGUAAAAGAUAAAUUUGUCAGCACUGAUUUUGUCUGACAGUUGCAAACCGAAGUACGAUACAAUGUUGCAUAGUUACUUAUCAAUUAAAGUACCAAAAAAAAAAAACUAUACGAAUAUUUAAUCAAUUCUGUAAAUAGUCUCAUCACCGAAUGUGUAAAUGCAAUGACGAGAUGUACAUGAUUCGCUAUUUAAUCGCACUUCACGUAUGAGAGAAUGUCUAUAUGAAUAUAUUUCGGUCAUGAACAAAAAUCAAUACAUAAAUUGUUUUCUAAGUGGGUAUUAUUAAUCUACUGAUUAUAACAAUGAGAUAUUUCGUAUUGAAAUCGUGCGAUUAUUAUAGUAUAUGAAAUGUUAGAAGAAAUCGUAAGUAAAUAUAUUCAUCUGUGUACAGUUUAUUUUUUAUUUAAUCAUUGCAAUGAAACUUAAUCCAAUGAAAAAUAUGAUUUUUCUAUUUCUCAUAAUAUUAUAUUAAUAUUAUAUUAUUAUAUUAUUAAGUAAUCUAUCAAGUUGAAGAUAUAAUUAAUGGGAGUACAGUAGAGUCGCGUUACAGUCGCACCUUUCCUCGAUUUAUCUUUCCACUUAUCUUUCGAUUCCAGUAAGGAUUCGCUUUGAUAAUAAUUAAUAAUUUAAUAAUUCAACUCCCCUACAGUCCCAAGCACGCGACGAUAACGAGAGUCUACUGUAACUGAUUUGUUCAUGAGCCAAGUUGAUUUAUUUAUUUACCAGGAAAGACUUCAUUAGAAUUAAUCUCGUAAUUGUACCAAAGAUCUAAUUAUAAGGGCGAGAAUGAAAUUUUAAAAGUCCUCUCGUAAUUUUUUUAUGUUUUUCCAGAGAUUUGAAUGAUUUUGCGGAAUCAAUCAGAAAAAAAUGGUGGAAUUGAUCGGUCGUUGGUGGUACGUGCAAAGCCUUUUAUUUUUUUUUUACGAUUUAAUGUGGCAUUUUUUUUUUUGGGGGAUGAUUUAUGGUUGAAUAUUGGGAGAGGACUGCAUUACAAAUUGAGGAUAAACAGCAAUGACAAUUGUGACUUCACUAGUUAAAGUAAAAGUUAUGCUGAGUGCCUGAUAUUUUUGAGGGUGUCGCGGUGAACUGCGUGAGCAGCUCAAUUUUCAUUAAGUGAAAAUUAUUGAAUUAAUAAAAUAUUGUUCCUAAAAUUGUGUAGAAAAUCUUCAAUUCCGAGAGGAACUAAUCUCACGCAUUUUACCACACCUUCAUCAGAGUUAUUAUUCUAAUGUUUUAUAUGAAAGAAACAAAUGAGACGGUAAUAACCACGAAAAUGAUAAUUGAAAGGAAUUUUAACGAAGAUGAAAUCAAUCACAAGUAUAAAUUUAUUGUAUGUAUAUUACCUAAAUGUAUAUAGGGAAUUGAGAUUAUCUGUAAGAAUAGUUAAUUAAUCACUGUUGGUAGAUUAACGGAUGAGAUCAUCAGCGAAUGAUUGUGAUGAAAC